CAAUGUGAUGUAUAUAGAAAAAUUACAACACUGCAAUGCAUUUAAAUGCAAUGGUAACCCUAUUAUCCGUUUCAUUGCCAACAUAGUCCGCUCACUGACAACUGCGAACGAACGAACGUAGAUAUGAAACACAGUACAAACGAGAACAAUUGAUAUUAAAAACAGGGCGAAAGUUAAACGGUGACGACGACGUCGACUACUUAUUCAAUGCUUAAGAAAAAAUAUUUUUUUCGGAAUAUUCAUUGUGAAAAAAUGAUUAAAUAUUAUAUACUACAUUAAUUUAAUGUAAUAUAAUUGCAAAUAAAGUGAAAUACUACAAAUUAAACAAGUAUUUAAACAAUUUUCUUAUGAAUUUCAAGAAUGAAAAAAAACUUUUACCCAAAAAAGUGAAUUGAGGAAAGAAAAAAAAUUUUUUUUGUGAAAAAAAGGUGGUGGUGAAUUUGCAAAUUGGAAGAAGAAAUAAAAAAAAAGUUAUUCAUACAAGGAAAAGAAGAAGAAGUAGUAUAAAAGAAGGAAAAAAAGAAAAAAAUAUAACUUAUACAUAUGUGUUGAAAUAAAAAAAAGAAAAAAGUAAUAAAAAUUAUAAAAAAUAAAAGAAUUUAUUAAAGAAAACAAUUUUUGAUUAUUAAAACACAAAAAAAUAAUAAAACGCAGAAGAAACAAAUUAUUAAAAGUCAUUGAAAAAACGCAAACACGGGCCAGCAGAAGGAACAAAGAUAAUAGAAAGAAAAAAAUAAACUGACAUUUACAAACCGAAUCGAAACAGUAUAAAAGUAAAAAAAGAAAAAAAUAUUGAAAAAAAAAACAUACGAAAAAAUGUAUAAGAUACAACACAAGACAAUGAUGAUGAUAAUGGAUAUAAAGUGAAAUUGAAAGCUUUAAUUAAUUUUCAAAAAUUCAUAAAUUGAAUUAAAGAUUUUUUAAAUAAUUUAACUAAAAAAAAAUAAAUUUCUAAAAAAAAAACAAUUUUUUGUGUUUAAAAAAAAGCUAUUAACGAAAAAAAGCAAAUAUUAUAAAUAAAGAAACAAUUUUUUUAAGGGUACGUACGUCGAUCGUACGUACACCCGUAACGCGUCGUUCACCUUAAAAAAAAGUAUCCAACCAAACCAAAUCAACCAGCCAGCCAGCCACCUUUUUCUUCUUAACCACUUGCUUCAUUUGGGCCUCAUUCAUUGAAAUACGAAAAAACACACAAGUGGAGCAAAGAGCUGCAAGAAAUAGAUCUAAAUAGUAGCAAAAACAAAAAAGUAUAAUAAACAAGCUCCACCUAAAAAAACUGAAGAAAAAUAUCAUCAUCAUCAUCACACCAUAUUCUGCAAAUACUCGCUCUCGUUUUAAACAUAAAAAAGAGUGUUUUUUUAGCUGAAAUAAUCUAAAUUAUUUAAAAUUAACUUCUUUCCUCCCUUGGUCAAAACUUUAAGGAAAAUUCUUUAAAAAUGGAAUAUUAUUUAGGGGGUUAUGUUUAUAUGAAUGGGGAUGGAGUGAAGAUACCACCACCUGUUGCUACCACCGUCUAUGCGAAUGUUCCUGUUGAUACGGCAGUGUUAGCGACCAAUUUAUACGGUCCAACUACACAAUUGGCAGCUCCAGCAGCAACACACAUCCCAUUGAUAGCGACAGCUGCUGGUCCACAACCACCACAUCAUCAAGCUUUACAGGUGGCAGCAGCGCCUGGUCAACAUCAACAAUUGAUAGCAGCUCACACCGCUGCGGCUCACCCACAACAGCCUACAUUACAAACAGUACAGGCGGCAGCAGCCGCGGCUGCUGUAGCAGCAGCUACACCCCAACACACAGCACCACAUCAAAUACAAGGCCAUCCUCAACAAGCCCACUUGCAGUACGCCCAUCAGCAAACAGCCAUUGCUGCUGGUGGCCAGCAGGGCCCAACGGUUACGACAACAACGAUUGAUAACACCGAAUAUACAGUCAUGAAUGGAGCCAUAACUCAAGACGGCACAGUCGUCUGUUACAGUCAAGAUGAUUUGCAGGUUGCUGGUGUCGUUGGUGCGCCCGUUGCUGCGGGCGGUGGUAAUGUCACGAAUUUAGUUGCUGUCGAUCAAAUGUCUGGUACACCGGUCACAGCAGCCACUGCUCAGCAGCAACAACAACAACAGCAACACAAUGUUCAUGCUCAACAUCAUGUUAUCCUUAAUAAUGGUCCACCACCUUCCGCAACCACGACCCUACAGCAACAACAAUCACAACAACAACAGGUUGUCGCUGGUAAUAGCAACAACACAAAUAUUAGCUCUUCAUCAAAUUCAAGUGGCAAUACGGGCGAUAAUAGUGGGAUACCAUUGGAACAACUUAAACAAAUGUUAGCCACACAAUUGGAAUAUUAUUUUUCGAGAGAAAAUUUAGCAAACGACUCUUGGCUGCUAUCACAAAUGGACAGUGAUCAAUAUGUCCCCAUAUGGACAGUGGCCAACUUUAAUUUAGUUAAAAAAUUAACAAAAGAUAUUAAACUUAUAACAGAAGUGCUUAGGGAAUCACCGAAUGUGCAAGUAGACGAAGAUGGUCUCAGAGUACGACCAAAUCACAAAAGAUGCAUUAUAAUAUUACGUGAAAUUUCUGAUCAAACUCCAGUUAAAGAUGUUAAGAACAUUUUUAACAAUGAAAACUGCCCACGCGUUAUUUCGUGUGAAUUUGCUGGCAAUAACUCAUGGUAUAUAACUUUUGAAUCAGAUGAAGAUGCACAAAAAGCUUUUAAAUAUUUAAGAGAAGAUGUUAAAGAAUUUCAGGGUAAACCAAUAAUGGCUCGAAUGAAAGCAAAACCAUUUAUAAAUAGAUUACCAAUCGGUCCAGUAUCAACUAUUAAAAAUGGCUUCCGUUUGACUUCACCACCAGCCGCUGUAUACGAUCCAAAUGCUGCUGCUGCAGCGGCUGUUGCUUAUAGUGCAGCUCCGCAACGUUUUGUUUAUGCUGCCAAUGGAGCAGCAAUGACGCAACCACCAGUACCAUAUAAUGGUCAAUUACAUUUAAUUCAAUUCCAACAGCAACAAUUCUAUCCCGGUAUUGUUACACCUUGGCCUACUGCGGCUGCUGCAGCUGUAGCAGCAGCCGCAACCACAGCACAUGGUCAGAAUUUCUAUGAGAUUGGAAAUGUUUUUGCAGCCAAUGGUUUGCCUCCUGCAGUACCUGCAUAUGCCACAACAGCACCACCUCCUACACAAACUCCUGGUUUAACUGGCAGCACAAAACCGCAAAGCGGUGGCGGCGGUGGUGGUGGUGGCGGAGGCGGUGGACGCUAUAACAACAAUCAUCGUAAUAAUUCUGGCAACAGUGGUGGUCAGAGCGGCGGUGGUCAUCGUAAGCAGCAACGCAACACAAACCUCCAACAGUUGCAACAAACUCCCCAACCUCAACCCCAAUUGGCUGGCAACAAUAUAAUUGUAUCUAGUGUAAGUGUUGGUGGAGCUGGUGGUCUGGUCGGCGUUAUGCCCACCGCAAUUGUCGAUCCCCAUCAACAGCAGCAAACUAUGACGCAACAGCAUCAAAUGCAACAACAACAACCACCACCUAAUCAACAGCAACAACAGACUUCAAGUCAACAGCAGCCUGGCUCUCAGCAAAGUAGUAAUACAAGACAUUAUUCAAGCAUGAAACCAAAUACUGGUAAAGAUAAAGGUGGCAUACCGAAAUCUUCUAUCGAUAAAUCGUAUGGUGGUGGUGGCAAUACGAAUGCUCUUAGCAGUCAUCAUCAUUACAGUGCGCAAAAUCAAACUACUCAUCAUGUACAAACACAACAACAACAGCAGCAGCAGCAACAACCUCAGCAAAUGAGUGGCGGAGGCGGUGGUGCUGCUGCAACACACAUACAACAAACUCACUAUCAAAUGCCUUCCUCAAAUACACAAACUGGUGCAAUGCAGCAUACUUCCUAUACGGCACAUAAUGUACCAACUGUUUCAGCACAACAGCAUCAUCAUCAGCAGCAACAGCAGAUCCAUCAACAGCAACAACAACAACAGCAGCACGAUCUACAAGACGAUGUUAAUGUUGAGGUUGUGCAUCAAUCACAAAUUGUUGUACAACAUGUACCACAACAAGGACAUCAUCAUAAUCCACGUAAUAAUGUUACUUCAUCGUCCUCUUCGUUGAAUAAUUCGGUUGGUGGAAGUGGCGUCGGCGGCGGUGGCAGUGGUGCUGGAAAAGAUCCGCCACAUUGGUCUCAAUCUCGCCCAAGACGAAGAAGACGUGAUGAUGAUAAUUCAGGAAUGACUUACUCACCUAAUAAUCGUGUUGGCGGCGGAGGUGGAGGAGGAGGCGGAGGGCAAUCGUAUAAUUCGUCGCAUCAUUCUCAACAGCAGCAGCAACAACAAAGUGGUGGCAAUUCAGGUGGCGGGGGAGGAGGAGGAGGUAGUGUUAUGUCUUCUUCCCAAGGCGGUAGUCAUCAUCAUUCAAAUCGCAAUGAUAUUAGUGGUGGUGGCCAUCAUGGCGGUGGUGGUGGUGGUUAUACGUCGCAUCGUAAUGACAACGAACAUCGCGGUGGUUAUAAAGGUAACAAUUAUAAUCCUCACUAUAAUAGCGGAGGCGGAGGAGGUGGCGGUGGUUCCCACUCCCACCAUUCUUCUAACAAUUCAUCUUCACAUCAUCACAAUCAACAUCACAAUACAGCGACAUCAUCAGGUUCCUCACAACAACAACAACAGCAACAAUUACAACAGCAACAACAUCAUACUUCUUCCACUUCAUCAUCAUCGUCACAACACCAUUCAAUGACAACUUCAUCUUCUUCUACCCAUCAUUACAAUCCACAUCAUCAUAAUCAAAAUGAAGGUGGUGGUGGUGGUGGAGCUAGUGGAGGUGUCGGAGGAAGUGGUGGAGGCGGAGGAGGUAUUGGGGGUGGAGGGAGUGGACGUGAUGUUGGUGGUGGUGGUAGUGGUCGCAACUAUGAAGGCGGCCGUCACACAGCUGGUGGUGGUUCUAGUUAUGCUGGUAAUAAUGAUAGAUCUGGUGGAGGUCAUGGUAGUGGAGGUGGCGGUGGAGGUCGCCAUCAUGACAACUAUCAUCAUAACAGCCAUCACCAGAGCCAUCAUCAACAUCACCAUCAUCAGCAGCAACAGCAACAACAGCAGCAACAAAAUGCUACACCACCACAACCGCCGCAAUUUGACUUAGAAGCAGCAGCUUUUCCACCACUGCCAGCCACCUCAUCGUCAGUGGCCUCUAGUAAUGUUGCUGCAACCAGUGGUACCAAUAAUAAACAAACUGCCAGUGCAUUACAACAACAACAUCAGCAGCAACAACAACAGCAAGUGAGUUUAAAUGAUGCUACAACAUCUGCCAAUAAUAACAACAACAUGACUAUCAAUAGUAAUAGUAACAACAAUAGCAGCAACAGCAUUAGUAGUACAUCUGCUGACCAACAUCAUCAACAACAGCAACAUCAUCAGCAGCAGCAGCCAAAAAACGUCAAUACUCAACCCUAUCACCAGCAACAUCAGCAAUCACAACAACAAAAUACAAGUAAUAAUUUAAUAAAUAGUUCCUCAAUUAAUUCGGGAAACGGUAAUAACGGUGGUAGUGGUUGGGCAGAAAAUCGUCUAGCUGAUGUAGUACGUGGCAAUGGUAAUAACAACAACAACAAUGCCAGUGGGGGAGGAGGUAAGAAAUCUCGCAAAGAUUCCGGCCACAACAAUAAACAACAUAAUAAUUUUUACCAACAACAAAGAGGUAAUACAGCAGUUAGUCCAACGCCCAACGCUGGCGUUGGCGGUGGUAAUAUCAGUAGUAAUAUUACAACCACCAUUGCCUCAAACGUCAACUCAACCAACAGCAACAACAAUAACACCUCAACCUUAAUUAACACACCCGCCAUAGAAACUGCUAAUAUUGAAGAUUUGAAUAAACAACAACAACGCGAUCAUUUAAGCGCCAACAACAGUAAAAGCAACAACAAUAAUAAUAAAUCAUUGACAAAUAAUAAACAAAAUUCUAAUUCUAAUAACUCUGCAACUGUGAUACCGUGUUUAACACAAAACAAUACUAAUACAACAAAUAUUAAAGGUAGCAGCAACAUUGUUGCUGCCACAUUUAACCCCACAAUCUCAUCAUCUCCUAUCACCGCUGACUGCAAUAGCGGCAGCAGUAACUGUAGUAACAGCAGCGGUGGUCCAACUACUAAUCUCCAUGAAAAAUUCAACAAGACUGAAGAAUAUUUGGUACAUGCCAUAAAUAAUCCAAUUGCCACUGGAGGAGCAGUUGUAGGAACAGGAGGUGGUGUUGGUGUUCAUCAUAAAUCUGGCUAUGUUCACACUACAGCUUGUGCUAAUAGUGGCGGUAGCUGUGGCAACAAUGAUUGCAACAACGAACGCAACAACAAUACAAAAAAUGUGUCAUCUUCAACUGGCACUGCUGCCGCUGCUGUGUGCAGUGUGGCCACCAUGACCACAAACCUUGCCGAAUGCAGUCUAAACAAUCAUAAGAAACCACCUGCCAUUGCAGCUUUAAUUGCCAAAAAAGAGACGCCAAAAGAUGCUACUAAGCAAAAAAAUGCCUCCACAUCAACUAGCUCAACAUCUACAGAAAACAUAGCCGCCGCUGUCGUCUCAAAUUCUUUAAAUAGUAGCAGCACUGGCAUAAUAGUUAAUGCUGCUAUUCUUCCUGUCACUGGUGGUGGUGGUAGCUCGGCUGCAUCACGUUUAAGUUAUGCUCAAGUGGCACAACGCAAAGAUGAUAAUGCAGCUGCUGCAGUUAGUAUUUUGUCACCCGUAGCUGUUAAUAAACACGAAACAGCUGUAGGAACAAGCUCCUCCGUUAUAUCCUCCCCCUCCGUUGUAUCCACUUCCAUAAAUUCUUCUUCCCCUUCAGUUGCUGUCAAUAAAAUUGAAGGGAAUAAUGAUAAACAUGUGGCCAAUAAUAAUAAUAUAACUUCAUCGUCAAGUAGUUGUAGUACAAUUGUUGUUGGUUGUGCUAAUAAUGCAAAUGUUGCAGCAGUGAGCGUUAACUCAUCCUCCUCCUCAUCGUCGUCGUCCUCCUGCUCCUCCUCAGGUGCUGGUGCUGCAUCAUCUAUAACUGUAACUGGUGCUGUGAAUAGUGGCAGUAAUGUUCCAGUAACAUUGCGCACUGAAAUUUCCAAAGAAAAAGACUUUUCUCGUGAAAAUCGUCAAUCAACAGGAAGUAGUAAUGCAAAUGUUGGCGGUGGCAGUAGUGUAAAUAGUAGUAGUAUAAAUAACACAACAUUUUCCUCGUCAAAUACUGGUGGUGGCACGACACGUAAUCAUCAACGUGUCGAGGCAAAAGAGUUUAAAAACUCGCAUACACGAGAACGCAAUAGUGAUGCUACUGAAAGUAGCAAUGGCACUGGGGGUCGCAAAUCACAUAGAAACACUAAUAAUAACAACUAAAUCCUAACGUCCUAAUGUCAUAGAACAACAAAAAAAAAAAGACUACGAAUUGUAAUAUCAGUUAGUUGAUGAACAAAAAAAAAAAAAAAAACAAAUAGAAGAACAUUUUUUUAUUGAAUUUACUAUGUAAAAGUUUCAAAAGAUAAGACGACACAAAAGAACUGAUUUAUCUGCUAUAUUCCCAAAUGCAUACAUAAUAUGCAUUUUAUUAUUAUUUUUUGACUUUACGUUAAGCGUAUAUAUUUUGAAAAUAUAUUUAUAUAUGUAAAUGCUUAUCGUUUUGAAACAUAACUAAUGAUAUAUUUAUUAGAAUUGAACAAAUAAAAAUAUAUAUAUGCAGCCAACAAGACAUUCGACCUUAGUGUCAAAGUAUUUUAGAAA